UAAGCGGCUGCCUCGGCGUCGCUGCUGCCUCACAAGCUGUGGCCAGGCGCAGGCAGCAGCCGCGGCUGAUACUGCUGCUACUUCUGUUACCAAUAACAACAACAGUAGCAGUAACGACGACAUCGACAACAGCAACAACAACAACAACAACUGAAACACCUCAAAAUGCUGCUGCAACAAGGACGACGGCGCAGCACGCUGGGUUAUCCCGUAGCGCUGCUCGUGGCGACCAUGGCGCGUACAACACAACUAAUAGUAUUUCAGCCUACCACAUCAUCGGCAGUAACAGCAACAGCAAUAACAACAACAAUUACAACAUUAACAACAACUCCAGCUACAAGGGCAAUGCAAGCGCCGAUGAUGCGUUCGCCGAAGGGGAUGCUGAGCAGAUGCUGCCACAGAUUCCGUCGUAUAUACGCACAACCGCCAUGUUCUUCUGCAUAAUCAUAAUGCUGCUGGGCGUCAUCGGGAAUGUGAUGGUGCCCAUUGUUAUAGUGAAGACGAAAGAUAUGCGCAAUUCCACAAACAUUUUCCUAACCAAUUUGAGCAUUGCCGAUUUGCUGGUGCUGCUCGUCUGCACGCCCACUGUCCUCGUCGAGGUGAACACACGCCCAGAGACCUGGGUACUGGGGCACGAGAUGUGCAAAGCUGUGCCCUUUGUGGAGCUGACUGUGGCCCAUGCUAGCGUUUUAACCAUUCUGGCCAUAUCCUUCGAGAGAUACUAUGCCAUCUGUGAGCCACUGAAGGCCGGAUACGUAUGCACCAAAGCCCGUGCGAUUCUCAUCUGUGUCCUAGCUUGGGGCAUAGCUGCGCUCUUUACGAGCCCCAUACUUUGGGUGGCUGAGUACAAGCUGGUUGAGUAUAUUGAUGGAUCAUCGGUGCCCGUUUGCCUGACACAAGCGAUUGGCGUAUCGACCGUCGGUUUCUUUCUGAUGACCAUAUCUGUGUUCUUCGUGCUGCCGUUCCUCAUGCUAAUUGUACUAUAUGGCAUCAUUGCACGGAACCUUAUCUCCAACCAGGGCGCCAUGCUGCGUGCUCGACCCACCAAGCCGGAGCUGAGUCUAAAGGCGCGUAAGCAGGUGGUGCUCAUGCUGGGCGCAGUGGUGCUCUCUUUUUUUAUCUGCCUGCUGCCCUUUCGACUGUUCACGCUCUGGAUCAUAUUAAGUACGGAUCAGACGUUGCACGAGAUGGGCUUGGUUCGUUACUACAGUUUACUCUACUUUUGCCGCAUCAUGCUCUAUCUCAACUCGGCCAUGAAUCCCAUACUGUACAAUCUGAUGUCCACCAAGUUUCGUAAAGGCUUCGCUCGGCUUUGCCACGAUGUGGGGCAAAUGCUCUGGCAGCUGCUCACUCUGGGAAGCAGGGAAGGCAAUGCAAGUGAAUCCCGUGGCCAACAAUCCACGGGCUUGGGCACCAAUACGAACUCCUCGAAUGCAACGGCUGCCACAAACUCGAGCAUCUUGUCGCGUAGCUCGAAUCGACGCAGCAGUGAGGAGAUUAGUCGAACGCGCUUAAAAAUUGAGCUGCACUUGCCUUGUGGCAACGAGCUGGAGGCCAUGGCCAUGCUUCAGCAUUCCACGUUGCGUAGCAAGCGACGCCCAAAGCCGCAAAUCAGUUUCGAUGAGGAUGCAGGCAAAGCAGCAGUAGCAGCAGCAUCAUCAACAGUAGCAGUAGAAGGAAACAAAGGAGCAGCAGGAGCAGCAGCUCGAGCAGCUGUGUAGGCAUGAAAAAUAGUCUGUAACCCGUUUACACUUACGCUUCACUUAGCUAGCAUGCCACGCCCAUAAUCGAUGCCAUUGAAUACGUUGACAGGACCCGAGCACAAAUCCUGGCAGCUUCUUUCAUUUCACAUAUUUCCGCACACACGCAAAAAACAAUCAAUUUUUCGGGCUAUUAAACUCGAAUGAAUGUGCCAAAGAUAAAUAACAGCAGCGACAGCCAAAACAGACCAGGAACUAUUGAGAUUGAGACGAGGGCGGGGGCGUGGCAGCGCCAUUAACUACAUGGCAGUGGAAAUGGCUUUAUAUGCGCUUUGCGUGCCCAUCAGCACGCCGGAUCAACAUGAUUUAGUUGUAUUGAAAUACAUAGUUUCACUUCUACUUUGACGCUUUUCUCUGCAAUUCGUUGUUUGGGUCCAUCCCAAAGUAGGAAAAAUAGUGUUGCCUACUUUGCGGCACAAAUGAAAUUCAGCAAUGCACAGUUCGCAUGCAUACAC